GCUUGGAUGUGCCAGAGCCCCUCGUUCGGGAGGUCUACAUCAUGAGGCCGGACAUCUCCCCGAUUCUGGGCUGGGAGACGGGGAGAGACUCCGAGCCGGCCUUCAUGGACAUGCGCCUCGCCUCCCAGAGUCGAGGAAUCUUCAUGCUGUUCGCGAUGAGAAGACGACUCCCCAGGUGGUCUUGUACCAGUUCGAUUCCUCAGACCCGAU